UAAGAAGUCUUUCGAUGCUCAUGACUUCAAUGUACGAUUUUUGAAUGAAGAUCUAUACAGCGCAUAAGAAAUAGAGCUCUGGUUCUCUGCUUAUUGCAAUUAUGUCUUCUCGAGACGAAAUCACUCUUCCUGCGACACGACCGAAAUCUAGAAAGUCCUUGGGUCAUGUCCCCUCGGCGCAAGAUGUGGACCAAGAAAAUCAGACAGCAGAUGUUGGUCUCCUAGUAUCAGGAAAGCGAACCCCAAUGGAGAAGUCAAGAAAGUCGCGGAGUAAGAGUAUUGGACCUGGAGGAUUGGACGCAUUGAAGGAUACAAGUGGAAACAGGCGCAAGUCUCUGGCUGCAAUUCCACAUCCUCCUCCUAAGUCUAUCCUCAAACCUACGAUGCCGCCUCUUCGAGAGAUUCCGGCGCAUAUUUCGACUCGCAAAGGAAGUCCUAAGAAACCUACCCCGCAGUCAUCACAAAAGACCGAGAAUCUUAUUGAUUUUGACUUCGACUUGCCAUCUGGACCUACUAUAAGUGGCACCGACAGACUUGCGAAUCCAUUCGAGGUUGGAGGUAGUCCUGCUGUCAACGAGACUCGUGUUACAUUACGGACUGAGGAAGAACAGCAGGCAGCUGCCAGAGAACGAGAAGAAAAGGAAAGACAAGAAUUGGAGAAGGAAAUUAUAUCACGGCGAGAUGCUCGUCGCAAGUCUUUGGCAAAUCGUCGAGUAUCAUUUGCACCAGAAGCCACUCUUCAUACGUGGGAUGUCGUAGUCGAGUACCAAGAUUCAACGACCUCUUCCAAUGCGACAAACUCCACCCGCAGAGCUUCAUCGGUCACAGGAGGAACAGUAGGGUCACCACAUCCUGCAGGACCUCCAAGCUCUGAUCCGUCGGACCCUCCAUCUACACCCCCAGAGCACGUUGAAGAGGACACGGUCAAAGCAAGUCCAGCUCAUCAACGAGAUUUACACCAGAAGAAGAGGAGGAGAAGCUCGGGCAUACCACCUAUGAAUUUCAAUAAUCCAGACGAUGAAGUUUUUUCCUCAAGUCCAUUGAGUGGUAGCUCUGAUGCUGAAGAAGCCGUUGAUGAUGAUAUCGCAUCUAAUUCUAACAGCGACUCUGGUGACGAUGGGACUAUGAUGAGUCUGGAUGGGGGCGAGACGACGAAUAUGUCAAUGGCAUCAAUCAAUUCGAGCGACAGCACCGACUCUAGCACUCGCUUAGAAGAAGCACUCAGGCAAGCUGCACGCCAAGCUGGUACACAAGGAAUCGAUUCUGAUGAGAAUGGAGACGAGAAUAUGGUGGAAGAGGAAGAAGAGGUUGUUGCCUCCUUUGCGCCAUGGAAGAAGCCGAAUGCUAUACAGAACCUUGAAUCCCAACAAGACCAAGAAAAUGUCAAUCCAUUCUCACCAGCUUUCAAAGAAGCCGCACCGCCGGAAGAGGAGCAAUCGGAAGGUGAAGAGGUGACGAUGGAUAUGACUCACGCAGUUGGUGGUAUUCUUCCCAGCCAGAAGCCGGACAAGGACGAAAUGUCGAUGGAUGUGACUCGGGCAUUUGGAGGUAUCAUAACCAACGAUGCUCCAAAAGCUACCAACUCCAGACGAAAGUCUAUGGCUGCUGGUCGCCGCCAAAGUACCCGUCGGAGGUCUUCAGGCGAGUCAUCUUCAUUGGGGGAUGAAACUAUGGAAUUUACUAUGGCAAUGGGAGGAAUCCAACCAUCUCACGAUGAGACGGUGUCCAAGGACGAUGAAGACAUGACCAUGGAAUUCACGUCUGUUGUUGGUGGAGUUCUAGCACAAUACAAUGGCUCGUCCAAGCCCAUUAGGCGAGCUUCUAUGGCAGCAACUCAGCGAGGUCAACCAAAGAAGAGCCGCGAAAGCAUAGAAUCAAGUGCGGAGGACGAAACGAUGGAUAUGGCCGUGGCUAUGGGUGCCAUCAUGCCCUCAAUCGCUGAAGCAACAAGUCAACAAGACGAUGCGACGAUCGGUAUGGAAAUGACAACUGCUUUAGGCGGUAUUCUGCCUCCGCAAAUGAGCACGGGAAGUCGAUCACAAGCAAAGAAGAUUAUGGAAAUGGAAACAGAUCUUGGAAGCUCUCCAUUCCGGGCGGAAGUGCCACAGAACUCACCACCGAAGUUGCCUGCACCUACUCAUACUGUUGCAUCAGAAACUGGUAGUCCAAGUCUUGCUGGAUUCCGAGGGAAAGGUCUUCGUCGCAGUGCUGAAGCUCGACACUCCACAACACCUAAAUCUAGACUUAGUUCUGGGGGCACACCUCUCAAAAAGCCAUCAACACCUUCGAAGCAACUUACACCACAACCUCCUCGCCCAACAACUCCUGGAAAGACACCACCAUCAAAGAAUGUGAUCAUGCGAACAGCUUCUCCCAAACGACUAUUCAAAGACGAAAUCAAGGCAUCAUCUACUCCGCAAUCCGCUGCAGCUAAGAAAGCUACCACCCCGAACAAGCUGUUCCAGCAGAACAAGUCCACCGGAGCAGCUACCCCGAGUUUCAUCUUAACUCCCCAACCGAGACGAUCAUCUGGCAUUGGUCUUGAUAAAUUAGGACUCGGUUCACCUCGUGUUGCUGCACUUCUUGAUCGACGUGGAUCAAUAGGGGAACAUGCAAAAUCCUUCGUGCCAAGCCGACUUGAAGAGACUGCUGCUCGUGGUGUCCGAUUCGAUGACCCUCGCGCUAUGGAAAAUGAGAUUGACCAGGAGCGUGAACAAGAGGGAAAUCGUGAAGAUGGGCGGAAGAUUCUCGAACGCGAGGCUGACCAAGCUGAAGAGGAGAAGGAUGCUACUAUCAAUCUCAAGGAGAUGAUACAAAGCUUAACCCCGAAAAAGAAGCCUCUCCGAGGCCGCAAGAGCCUGCAUGUUGGUGCUGCCAAAGGGAUUCUUGGAAAGAGGCCCGCUGAACUCGAUGACGAUGAUGAAGAGGAUGACAAUGGAGGAGUGAAACGCCUCAAAGGUCACCAAGGCAGUCCUGUCAAAGCAGUUCAUCUCCAAGCACCUCCUACCAAGGCCGAGACUACUACUGGACGUAUGACACGUUCUGCCCGCAAGAGUAUGGAAGAAGCUACUUUCUCAUCUCUCACGCCGACGACAACAUCUCCCGAGAAGGUUAAAGCCACAACCCCACGCCAUCAAGGGCGAUUCAAGGAUGCCGAAGCCCUUGCUCCAACAGCAAAUAUUGGACAGCCAGUUGAGAAAGAGCCUGUAGAUGAACCAGAGAUCAGCGAAGAAAGCUUUGGAGAUGAUCGAAUUCAACUCCAAGACUUCCUUAACAUGACAAGUAUCCGCUUCAUGGAACUGACAACAACAAAGAGGAGGCACACGAUUGCACCCAAGGCUGCCGCAAAAGAGGGCGACAGUACUAAAUCGGUAUCUUUGGAGGACUGUGUUGCGGCUGGUGCGGCGACCAUCCCAAUGCUUGAGCUGUUUCAACACGCAUGCCAUGAGUUGAAGAGAUACAUCUCUGAGGGUCGGAAGACUGUUCGAGAAAUCGAGACUGAGACAUUCGAAGAAAACCCACCUCUCUUCCGCGAGUACAUCUCAGCCUCGCCAGAUAUCAAGAUUGUGAUGGACAAUCAAUUGAAGAACGUCAAGACACAUGCACGACUGUUGAGCAAAGGCCAGUGGUAUGACUGGAGAAUGACUUUACUUGCAACGCUCAAGGAAGGAUUGUUCAAGACCGCUGAAGGCAUGAUUCAAGAUGAGGAAACUCUUGAUCAACAACAAGAACUACUCGAUACUGUGCUACCUCACCUGAUUAGGCAAUUUGAGCAACUCCAACGAGAAGAGGGCGAGUUGCAGUAUGCUGCCGAUGAAAUUGCCAAUUGUGACCAGGAAGAACUAAGUAAUGCUCGCCAACAUCUGAUCACUCUUGAUGCAGAAGUAGAGGCCAAGAAGCAGUUGAUCGCGGACCUGCGUCGACAAGUGCAAGGCAAAGAGGCUGAGAUCGAAGCCGGUACAGAGCGCAAGCAAGCCUGGGAAGAGGAGAUCCGCGAGGCUGAAAAAAUCAGGGAGGAGUGUAGAGGUUGGACGUCUAGUGAAAUCAGUAUUCUGAAAGGCAAAGUUGAUGCAAUCGAAAAGGAACAUGGUUGGACGAUCACCGGCGUUUCUGGCACAACAACUUCGAUGACCUACCAAAAGGAGAUCGAACUUGUAUUCGAUGCGUCCUCUUUCCUUGGCGCGGCAUCUAGUACUUCAAAGAAGUCAGAAAAUGCUCGCAUUGAUCUCUGGUACAUUGGUGCGAACCGAGAGCUGAAUGCUCUGCCUCUCACUCCGGAAAAGGAAUUCUUCCUGCAGUGCAUUCGGGAUCACAUCCGUGGAUUGCCACAAGCACAAACUGCAGUAAAGGAUCUCCUGAGUGCCGUGAGCGUAUCAUGGAACAAGGCCAACAAGGUCGUGGAUGAUAUUCAGAGCCUAAACGUUAGUUGUCCAACGGAGAUCCUCAAAACUUCUGAUGAUUCGAUCAUGGUCAAGUCAACCCUGUUAAUCAGCCCUCUCACCACCAAGGUGGAGAUCAUUUUCCAUCUCAGCAGCCAAAGCGGUGAGACUGGUAUCGAUGUUGGUAUUGCUCCAGUAGCAACUGUUGUCUAUGGUGAACGUUUCAAUGAGCCAAAGAUGGGAGAAUUCCUGUUGAACAGAUGUGGUGACGAGGUUGAAGAGAAGGGACAAUCGAGCAGAUCAUCUUGGGUCAGUGCCGUUGCUGAGCUUGGGGAGAAAUUACUUGCGCGUGGUCGUAAGUAGUUGGGCUUUGGUGUUUUACUGAACAAUAUAUGGAUUCAUGGGGGUGGGAAAGGCGUUUAGGGGCAUGUAGCAACGUUUUGUUCGAUAUCGCUUGUGCUUUAGUUAUGAUGAAUGCUAUGAUCUUUACUCUGUGCUGUACAG